AUGGCUACAACUUCUUCCCCGCCGUCUGCGAAUUCGAAACGCAUACCUUCGGACGGAGUAACACAAUUCGAUGGAAAUGGGGAUUUCAAAGAAAAUGCUGGAAGAAAUGAAUCUACAUCUGCUCCUCCGUCUUCGGGGAGAGUUGUUGGGGCACCUAUGUCGCCAGUGCGAGUCAGCGUCCAAUCUAGUAAUUGGACGCCUACAGCGUCGAGCGCCAAGGUGGAGGCUAUAGAAGCUCAUGGACGACAAUUCUCGGUGGAAUCUGAGGGAUUCAUGAAUGAGCAAUACGAUCCAUCGCAAACGCAGAUGCCUGUGAUACAAGAUCUCCCAUACCGACCAAGCUACACCACCAAAACCAUCAAUAGCACGAAUUCAGCACAUCAGUCGCAAGCUGCUAUUCCUUCAUCAGCCGAAAGUGCAGGCUCGAGAUCGCCCUCCAGUGGCUCUUCUCUAAAACAGCAGAAUGGGAAACAUAGAGGCGAGAACGGAGCAGAAACAAUGAGCCCACCUGUACCGAGAUUCCAAUAUCAUCAUCAAUCGCAUGCAUCUGAAGGAAACGUACGUGUCCCUCAAACAUCGAGGCCAUUUUCAAACUCUCCAUCGAACGAACAGAUAGAAGCAGGAACAUCCAUAGGGCGUCAUUUGACCCCAACCCUUCAGGGACCACGCCGUCCAGUUUCGGCGUAUUCUGAGUUAGGGCCACGAGGCCGUUCGACGUCUCCUUAUAUGUCUCCUGGCUCGCCAGCUUUCGGUGCGCGUGUUCCUUCAGCCAAUUCAAAUCGUUCGUACGACGGGCGGCCAAUGUCUUAUGUCGACUUAGCAAAUGUAUCAUAUCCACAAGCUCCUCCUGCACCUAUAUCUUUGGACAAUUCCCAGCUGAGGGCGGCAGUCGGUUCAAAUGCUUCCCUACUCAGCUCCCAGCAAACCUUUGAACUGUAUCGCCAGAAUGUGAAGAAGCUGGAUGAUCCUCCAAUCCAGUAUAAUUUUGCCGUCGAGUUGGUGCGAAGGGCCCAAGAAGUCGGAAUCGAUCAAAAUGGAGGAAGCAAACCACGUAAGGUAACGAAUAAAUCGGGCCCUCGGGACCUGGAUAGCCCAUAUGGCGAUACACCUCAAUCAUCUGCUGCGGAAUAUCUAAAUGAAGCGAAGCAAAUUCUGCAUAAACUUGCAGACAGAGGCUAUCCUUAUGCUCAAUAUUAUCUGGCAGACGGUCAUGCCUCUGGGCUGUUUAGCAAAGGAAAAGAAGAUUAUGGAACUGCAUUCCCACUGUUUAUUGGUGCGAGCAAGCACGGUCACGCAGAAUCCGGUUAUCGUGCUGCGUUGUGCUACGAGUUCGGGUGGGGGACCAGAAAAGAUGUUGCAAAAGCUGUUCAGUACUACAGAUCAGCAGCAUCGAAAAAUCAUCCAGGAGCGAUGACGCGACUAGGAAGGGCUUGUCUAUCAGGAGAUCUUGGUUUGAACAAGUAUAGGGAAGGGUUGAAAUGGUUGAAGAGGGCUACUGAGUCUGCAGAUGUGCAGUAUAACGCUGCCCCAUAUCAUCUCGGCCUUCUGUAUGUCACCGGUGAUAGUCACGAUAUCUUUCAGGACGAAACAUAUGCUGCUCAACUUUUCACACAGGCUGCUGAUCUGGGACACGCGGAGUCUUGUUGGAUUCUGGGUGAUGCUUACGAACAUGGCAAGCUUUCGUGUCCGCGAGAUCCAGCGCUGAGCGUGCAUUUCUAUACAGGUGCAGCCCAAAGAGGGCAUCCUGCGGCAAUGAUGGCUCUGUGCGCCUGGUACAUGGUGGGCGCUGAGCCAGUACUUGAGAAGGAUGAAAACGAGGCAUAUGAGUGGGCACGUCAAGCGGCCGAGGCUGGUCUUACUAAAGCCGAGUACGCCGUCGGAUAUUUCACCGAGAUGGGCAUUGGUACUCGCCGCGACCCCUUGGAAGCAAAUGUCUGGUAUGUCAAAGCAGCCGAAGCAGGCGAUGAACGCGCCAAACAUCGACUCGCAGCUAUCAGAGCUGCUGCCAAUGGAGGUACCCCUAUGGAAGUCGCCGCUCCUCGAUCCGGCAAGAUGAAGAAGAGUGCAAGCGGUAACGAGAAAACUGGGCAGAACGAAAAGGAAAAAGAUUGCAUCAUCAUGUGA